AUGGUGUUUUUCCAAAGUGCUGCUAUUGUACUUUUGCUAUUGUUGUCGAAAAACGUGAAUGCUUCGGACCAGUCUUUUGCUCUUUGUGGUGAUCAGAAAGGCUUCAUACGCUGUACAAAUGGAACCCAGAUUCAGAUUUUAUCUGCAAACUACGGACGGACAGACGAACAAGUGUGUCCUACUGGUAAAAUCAAAACAAGUACCUGUCAUUCGAAGAUGUCUGAAAUCAAGACAAAAUGGAACUGCAAUGGGUACAGGACGUGUCACCUUCACGCCGCUGUUCAACACUUCGGAGACCCUUGUCCUAAUUACUCUAAAUAUCUGGAGGUCAAAUACCGCUGUGUUAAGGAUCCAAACAUUUUUCCAAAAGGUAAAUUAAUUGCAUUUAAUGCAUUCAUAAUCAAAUCACUACACCUUAAAAGAGGUACUCCCGUUAACGUUGUUUACGAUGGUGUAUAUUACAACUAUGGAAACGCGUACAAUCAGCAUACUGGAGUCUUCACAGCGCCAUCUGACGGACUUUACGUGUUUACGUGGUCAAGUUGUGUAGAACCAAAAAAGAUAUUCGAUGUGGAAAUCCUUCUCAAUGGGAAAAGAAAAGGACUCGGAAACUGCAACAAUGAAUUAAACAAAGGAUAUGAAAAUUGUUCAAACACAUUUCCAUUCGUUUUAAGGGCUGGGGAUAAGGUUAAUAUCCGUACAACAUAUGCAAACUAUCUGCAUGGAUCGUGGUCCAGUUUCUCUGGAUGGAAAGUCUAAAGACAA